AUGAGUCCAGCAGCAGCUCCCCCUUCCCCAAACGAAGGAGUUCCACUCUUCCAACCCGGUGCUAUCGAUAAAUACUUCCAAAGCCACCAUUCCUUCUCAUAUACACCAACCUCUUCAGCGUCCGUUCUCAAAACCUUCAAACGUCUUGCUACAAACCAAGGCUGGGGUGAAGACCGUAAAAAACAGGAAAAGGAGAAAUUCCAAAAAGCUGUUGAUGCUGAAUUUACAGCUCGUGUUGGGAGUGGAUUCGAAUUGGUGGAUUGGCAGAGGUUGGCGAAGGUUAUUGGGGUUGAACCUUUGCCGUUGAGUAUUACGCAGUGUAAGAAGAUGAUCAAGAAGGAGAAUAUUAAUAUAUACCAUGUACUGCAUGCUUACCGUCGUGCUAUCGAGGUUAAGAAUGUUGAGGAUGUGCAGGCUUGUAAGGAUAUCAGACGGUUUAAGAAUGUGGCGGAGUUGAGGAAGUAUACGCAGAAACAUAAGAUGUUUUAUAGGAAGGAGUAUGCGAAGGGGUCUGUUCUUAAGGGAUUGUUGAAGUAUCUUCGGUGGAGGGUAUAA